UGCAAGCUCUUUUUUCUUACUUUUGCAUGCAUUGUCGUUUCGGGCAGAACAUGAAGGUGCGAGUACUGCUAUACGAACAGACCACCCGAAACUUGUAAAAGACCCCGACAACAAGGGGGCUUAUGACUUACAUCACAUACUGCCUUGUGCCUUUGCGAUCCUUAUGAGUCCCGUUAAAAGGAGAGUAUUUACAAACACAGUCCUCUGCAGCCAAGCCUCUGGAUCUGCCAGCGAGCCAUGACUCUGAGCUCUGAAAUGUCCGAUGCUUCUGUCCUUUCGGAAGAAACAGAUAUCGAUGUGGUCGGAGAAGGAGAGGACGGCGAUCCUCAGGGACGGUCAUUUGCGGACGAGGUGACCCAGAUGCAUGGUAAUAUCCUUUUGGGCGAAUCCACGCAGUGCGUGCUUGAUGGCUCUUCAUCCAGGGACUCUUACAGACCAGCUAGCAAAAACACCUUGGUAAAACCCCCUUAUUCGUACAUUGCCUUAAUUACAAUGGCCAUCCUGCAAAGUCCCAAAAAGAGACUCACGCUAAGUGAAAUUUGUGAUUUUAUCAGUAACCGCUUCCCUUACUACAGAGAGAAGUUCCCUGCUUGGCAGAACUCCAUCAGGCACAACCUAUCCUUAAACGACUGCUUCGUCAAAAUACCCAGGGAACCGGGCAAUCCGGGAAAGGGGAAUUACUGGACCUUGGACCCCGAGUCUGCGGACAUGUUUGACAACGGCAGCUUUUUACGCAGGAGAAAGCGCUUUAAAAGACAGCAAGCUCCCGACCUUCUGAGGGAUCACACUAAUUUUAUUCCAGCUGCGGCGUACGGUUAUGGCCCCUACGCCUGCGGAUACGGCAUUCAGCUUCAGCCUUACCAUCCACACUCGGCUCUUCUGGCGUUUCAGCAACAGCAGCACCACCACCAGUCGAGACUGUCACACGCUGCAAGGAUGAUCUCUUCGCCUUCUUUAUUGCCUACUACCACGGAAGUGACAAGGACCCGCUUCUACCCGCAACUCAGCUCCAACUUGCCUUCCUCCAUACAGACUGCUACGAAACCCCGACCGUCUGUGCAGAGAUCCCCGUUUUCAAUCGAGAGCAUCAUAGGCUGUAGCCUCAGUCCGAUCACGCCGAGAUCGUCUCCGUCGACUCUGUCCCCUCCGGUAGUGCCAUCGGCACAUACUGGUGCUGCUCUGCACGCUGUUCCGGACUUUACAAAUAGGAUUUCCAGCGGUAAUGGUUGUUAAUCGUAAAAAAAACAAGUAAGCAAAAGAAAAGAAUAAGAAGUAAAAAAAAA